CGAUAAUGCAGAUAACUCAAACUAAUCGGUUACUCAUAUAUUACUACUACAUUGAAUAUGAGAUGAAAUAUUGAUCGAACUUCUGCUGUUCGCUACUCUGCGCGCACCCAAUACUCCUAUACUUCGGACAGGUGCCAUUUGCAGGCGGUGAUGGCGGUAUCACCUUUGGUGCCUCACUCCCCUUCGGUAACUACAUCAAGUGGGAAGUACAAUGCUCGUUCGCCGGCGGUAGGCUCUGAGCUCACAGAGCAGUUAAAUGAAGAAGUAAGACGCAAGUACGUCAAAGACAAGGUACUGGGCGAAGGCACCUACGCCGUAGUCUAUCUGGGCCAUCUUCGAGUUGAUCCGUCAUCGUCCGUCGCCAUUAAAAAAAUCAAAGUCAAUGCUGAAUACAGAGAUGGACUCUCCAUGGAUGCAAUUCGCGAGGUCAAGUACCUCCAGGAGCUUUCUCACCCCAAUAUCAUCGCACUGCAUGAUGUAUUUUCUUCCAAGGAUCAAAAUCUCAACUUGGUUCUAGAAUAUCUACCACGGGGCGAUCUGGAGAUGCUUAUUAAAGAUGGAAAUAUCCAGUAUGGCGCUGCAGAUGUCAAGGCAUGGAUGGGAAUGCUUACAAGGGGUGUCUGGUUUUGCCAUGAGAAUUUUGUGCUACACCGGGAUAUCAAACCGAAUAACCUUCUGAUCGCUUCCGAUGGGGAAGUUAAGCUGGCAGAUUUCGGUCUUGCUAGGUCAUUUGCCGAUCCCUAUCUGAACAUGACUCAUCAGGUUAUCACACGCUGGUACCGACCGCCUGAGCUACUCUAUGGCGCACGACAGUACUCCGGUGCUGUUGACAUCUGGUCGGUGGGAAUGGUGUUCGCCGAACUUCUUCUCCGAGUCCCAUUUGUUGCAGGGAACAGCGAUCUCGAUCAGAUAUCCAAAAUAUGCGAGGCGUUUGGCACGCCAACGGAGGAAAACUGGCCAGGGGUCACAAAGUUACCUAAUUAUCUGCCACCUGAUAAGAAUCAAGUUGUACCAUUCCAGGGUCGGGAUUUCUUCUUACGACAGUUUCCCACUGCAGGACCUGCCGGUGCAGAUCUACUAAUGUCGAUGUGCGCAUUGGAUCCAAGAAAACGAAGCACCGCAUGCAAGAUUCUUGAACACCACUGGUGGACUGCUGAACCCAAGCCGACGCGAAAAGAAGAUCUCCCGAGGAAAUCCGGAGGCCCCAAGAAGAUGGGUGAUGAUCUGACUAGAAGAGGUGGGGAGUUAGUCGGCAAUGAUGGUCCGUUUAAAAAUACUGCUCGACAGCUGAAUUUUUAAAAAUGAAGGUGCACUCAUGGUUUGGCUUGUGGCAAGAUGCAUCUUCCUGUGUAAUGGGCGUAGCAGAUAGUAGCAAUCACAUACUGCGGUGUCUGUCCUCCAGCAACUGUUUUAUAUACCCUUACAGUGCAUUCAGGCCUGCGUUUACGGAAACUCUAUACAGUCCUGGUUGGAAGGGGAACUAUUCCCCUUGUUAUUGAAGUAUUCUUUCGCCAUUAUUUCAUGUAUAAGGCUAGUGUGUCUGUCUCUGACUGGAGUUGGAUGUUCACAGUAAGGGAUAUUUAGAUACCAAAAGCUAAAAUACAGGAUGGAAUACAAGUGAAAACUCAAGAAGACAAAUGAGCCCAGUAGAAGCAUAUUAAUUAUUAUCGCUUAGCAUGAUUCCUGGCGUUUCUAUUAUCUUUAUUAAUAUGUGUUGUUGCAGAGACACCAUCCAGUGCAUCUCAUCCACUUCAUGAAGUAUAGACCAACUCUUC